AGCGCCUCUGUCGAAACCGAACAUACAUAACACGUCAUGAAUUGUUUUUAUCGGUAGAAAUCAGUUUAUUUUUUAUAUAAGCAUGAUGAGCGGAUACAGUUCUAUUCCCGAUUUGAUUAGCAGCAGUGUUAAUUUAGAUCUGGCAAAUGGGGAUCAAAGUUUGCUAACCUCGAGAAAAACUUAUACUUCGGGAACAAUUCACCCAUUCACUCCAGCUCGUUCCACUUUACAUGUUUUAAAGGGAGAAAUAAGUUCUGUUUUACAAAUACCUGAGGCCAAGAAGAUUUGUUUAUUUUUAAUAUUUAAUAUAAUAAGUUCAAUAAUACUGUUGCUAUGGUGUCAUACAACAAACAGUAUGGCUUUAACAGCUUAUACUUAUCUCACUAUCUUCGACAUAUUCAGCAUUCUAACAUGCUUACUCAGUAUUUGGGUUCAAAUACAGAAACCUACUCCAGCAUUCUCUUUCGGGUAUGAGAGAUUUGAAGUGUUAGCUGUUUUUGCCAGUACCAUGUUAGCACAACUUGGGUCAUUCUUUAUUUUAAAAGAAAGUGUGGAAGCUCUUUUACAACAGCCUGAAAUUCACACCGGAAGAUUAUUAGUGGGUGGAGUAUUUGCGUGUAGCGUCCAUCUUGUUGUAACGUUUGGUGUAAAGAACCGAGCCAUGAACCAUAUAGUAGCUGCAUCUAGUUCCAGUUGGUUACAAGAACACAUGUCCGAUAUGAGUGAAAGUUUAUGCAGUGUUGUACCAGGACUCCGGAAACUUUUAUUACCCAGAAUUAACCCGUUUGUUUUAAUAGCCCUGACUGGGGGUGUGUCAUUAUUCGUUACUUAUAUACUAAUAGAUACAAAAUUAUAUUAUUCUGCCGACACGUGGGCGGCUGUUGGAAUAGCCAUCAUGAUGUUUGGUACCAUGGCUCCUAUGAGCAUAUACACAGCUAAAAUACUCUUACAGACAACACCGUCUCAUAUACUGGGUCAACUUGAUAAAGUUUUACGAGAAGCUUCAACAUUAGAUGGUGUUUUAGAAUUUCGUCAGGAACAUUUCUGGACUUUGUCUUUUGGUACCUUGGCUGGUUCUGUACAAGUUCGUGUGAGAAGAGAUGCAGACGAACAACUCGUGUUAGCUCAUGUUUAUAGUAGACUUUCAAACUUAGUUUCAUUAUUAACGAUACAAAUAUUUAAAGAUGAUUGGACCAGAUCUACCGGAUACAGUAUGAUGUCAUCGGCACCGUUUAUACCCGCAGCGACAUCCCACGGUCAAGAUCGCGCCAAUUCUCCACCACUGCCACCAUUUAUUCCAUAUCAAGGUCAAGGUGUUCAAGCUCCAAUGACUAGUGCCGUUGAUAUUAAUAGAAUAUUGUCUAGUCAAGCUCCGUACAGUCAAACUGGUAGAAUAAACAUUAACCCUUCUAACCAAUAUUCAUAUAUGGGCGGAGCAAGUUAAUCUCAAAACUCGAGUGACUCCAAAGAAACCAAUGCAAUUUGGUUCAAUCAUAUAUUAGACAACAUCAUACUCAAAUUCGGCCGAAGUCUGCCGAAAGGACGUAAUUCACAUAAUUCAAUAUGGCAGUCUCAAGGAAGUUUCUGAGAGUGAUAUCUUUAACUAGUGCGUUUCUGUGGUGGGACAAUAAAUAGAUUUUUAUAAAAAUCCUGCAAUACAAAGUGGUAAUCGAGGUGAAAUGUUCCGAAAUAACAAAUUUGACCAAACCAAUUUUAACAAAAAUUAUUUUUCACAUAGUACCUGUUAUUUUUUCAAAAUGGCUGCCAAAUUUGGUAAUAACAUGUCGGCGUAUAUAACCAAUCACUAUCUCGUAAGAUAUGACUUUUACUAUGUCUUUUAUAUGGUUUUAUAUGAAAUUUGAAAAUCCAACAUGGUAAAAAUUCAAAAUGGCUGCCAAAAUGGAAUCCACCUUGAACUCAGCAACCUCAAAACCCUUACGAUUAAAUACAAUUCUGCCAUUUUGGAUUUCAUUUUGAAUUUUUGCGGUCAUGGAUUCCCGAAAUUGAUUUUUGAGAUCAGAAGUGAACCCAGCGAGAUAGACAUCCACAUAAAUGACAUAAAUCCGCCAUUUUUGAAUCCAUUUUGAAUUGCCGCCAUGUUGGAUUUUCGAAAUUUAUCUUUAAAUUCAGAGACAUAGAAAACUAUAUAAAAGACAUAGUAAAAGUCAUACCUUACGAUAUGGAGGAAAUACUAUUUUAUUACGAUUAAUUAAAAUUCCGCCAUUUUGGAAUUCAUUUUGGCGGCAAUUUGGAAUUUCUACCCUCAUUGAUUCUCUAAAUUCGUAUUACAAGUCAUAUCCAACAGGAAUAAACCACGAUCAACUUAAAAUCCGUCAUUUUGGCUGCCAUUUUGAAUUGCUACCCAGAUCAUGGAUUUUUGAAAUUAUCUUUAAAUUCAGAGACAUCGAAAACCAUAUAAAAGACACGGUAAAAGUCACAGGUUUUUUUUUUUGUAUUUUUUUCGGCACAUUUCACCUCUAUAACUACUUUUUGUUUGAAGAAUUUAAAACAAAAAUAGUUAUUCUCCCACCACUAAAACACACUGGUUACGAAAUAUCGCUCUCCGAAAAUUCCUGAAGACCGUCAUAUUGACUAAUGUUGUCUGACAUGUGUAUAAUUUAACAAACUGCAUUGGUUUCUUUUGCAAUUUGUUUUGGGUAAAACAUUAUCCCUCAUCCGCUAGGGGGGUUGAAUGGCCGAAUGGUUAGCGCGUGCGCGCUGUAUCAUAAGGUCUGUCAUUGAAUCACCUGACGUGGUUUCGAUUCCCCUUUUGUAUGUCACAAGGGGUAGGGUCGCCUGUCGAACCUCGCGGGUUUUCUCCGGUGUCCCUCAUUUACUCCCACUGCUAAAGACCCCUACGCACAAUCGAAUUAUUGAAAUAAAAUUGAACUGGGCUUUUGAUAGAGCGAUGUCAUGUUGUUAAGGGGGCGUAGCUAUCUUUGUUGGAUUGUUUUAUUGUUGCGUCAUUCACUUUUAGCAUUGUACAAAUCCCAGGAUAAAAUGAGAAUAAAAUGUAAAAACAGGCCCCCGAGUUCACAAAGCAUUCUCAGACUUAAGUUAAGAAUUUACUCAACUUUCAAUCAGUGUUUAUGAUAGAUAUCUUUGAUCUAGAAACACAAAACGUUGCAUAUAGUUUCUUAUUGAUGUAUUUGAUACAUUAAAACAACAAAAGUUUUAUAAAGGGCUAUAUUUUAGUUAAAAUAAGGUGACCAAGUUUGAGUAAAUUGAGAAUCCUUUGUGAACUCGAGGUCAGAUUGUAUUUUACCAGCAGGUUCUUGUGAACUGUAAUGGGUGUAAAAUGAAGAAGACAUUUUUCGUCUUAAUAAUAGAAAUAAGAUGAAACAGAAUUAAAAUUUACAUUGAACAAAUAAAGAAGUUGGAUUAUA